CUCCACUUCCGGUUCCGUACUUCCUGCUUCCUGUUGACUCUGGGAGUUGACGCUCUGCAGUUACACCGUGUCCACAGCGUAAUAACGUGGCAAUGAUCUGAAAUAUUAUCUGAAUUAUUUGACUGUGUGGAUUAUUUCCUCACAGAGCGCCGCCAUUUCUCACACGUUAUCUGAUUCAGUUAUAAAGUUAUCGAGGCGUGAAGACGGAGUCCGACAUGCAGUUUUCUCCGAGCAACGGAGAUUUUACCUUCGUCUCCUCCACCGGGGCGGAAGAGCUGAGUGGGACGAUCGAUGCCCCGGACAUUAAGCUGAACAUGGGCAGUGAUCACAGCCGGGACGCCUACGCCGCUAACUUCCUGCGGCAGAGAGGAUACGGUUGGCUGCUGGAGGUGGAGGAGGACGAGGCUGAGGAGACCAAACCUUUACUGGAGGAGCUGGACAUCGACCUGAAGGACAUUUACUAUAAGAUCCGGUGUGUGUUGAUGCCCAUGCCAUCUCUGGGCUUUAACAGACAGGUGGUCAGAGAUAACCCUGACUUCUGGGGACCGCUGGCCGUCGUGCUGCUCUUCUCCAUGAUCUCCAUCUACGGGCAGUUCCGCGUGGUGUCUUGGAUAAUCACCAUUUGGAUAUUUGGGUCGUUGAUGAUCUUCCUGCUGGCCCGAGUGCUGGGUGGAGAGGUUUCUUACGGUCAGGUGCUGGGUGUGAUCGGAUACUCGCUGCUCCCUCUCAUCGUCAUCGCGCCCUUACUGCUGUUCACUGGAGCAUUCGAAAUCGUCUCUACGCUCGUGAAGCUGUGCGGUGUGUUCUGGGCGGCGUAUAGCGCUGCGUCGCUGCUCGUCAGUGAUGAGUUCAAAACAAAGAAGCCUCUCCUCAUCUACCCCAUCUUCCUGUUGUACAUCUACUUCCUGUCCCUGUACACCGGCGUCUGAUCGGCCGACGCGACUCCGUCGGCACUUUGCUUGGACACUGACUCAGACAGACGCUACGGGAUGGGGCGGAGUGGGACAGGGCGGGGUGGAGUGGGACAGGGCGGGGCACGGGUCACAUGAUGCAGACGACGGAGCAUGGAUUUUCAUUUUUCUUUUCUUUUUUUUGUCCUUUAUCGUGUACAAAGUUACUGUAUUUAAUGCACCUGAUUCUCUUUAGCGUUUAUCCGGCACUCGGACGACGCCGGGGUUCUGCUCGCUCCGGCGCUCGUUAUUCUGUGUCUGGAACAGAAGUCUGUCAUUUAUCCCUGUCCUUCAUUAAAAACAGACACAAGCCCUUAUUUCUGUCACGUAUGGAGGUUUCUGGGAGGAAGAAUUUCAUUUACAGUUAAACCGGUCUCUGCUGAUCUCUUUUUGUAGAAAGAGGAAAUGUGUGUGAAGAAAGCGUGCCUGCGGGGGGGGGGGGGGUUUAUACAGCCGUGGUUUAUUUUAUCAGACUGUAAACGUAGCCAAAACAGGUGACUUGUAAAAUAACUCUAUAACCACAGACUUUAUAUUCAGCAGAUUUACGGAAAAAAACACGGCAGGAUUUUCGUUUAAAAAAAUCCACGACAUUGUGACGUUCAUGUACAGCUCAUUAUUACAAUUAAAACACAUUUAUGUCUCAUCAUUCAAUCUUGUGUUUUAAAUUUCAUAAUAUUGUUUAAAUCAAAACAAAAACACAA